AGCUACAGCUACAGCUAGCUAGAAAUACUGAAAACUGUCCGUCGGACCGAUAAAACUUCACUUCAUAUGUUUAUUAUGUUUUUUGAAGAGCUCCGGAGCCUCCCCCCAAAAAAACCCCUAACGCUAAUACCGAGGAAGAACAAAAGACGAAGUUAACAAAAGGUCCAACAGCUGAGCAGCAGGUCGUUUAAACAGCGGCUAACUGCUGCUAAUGAAGAGACAUCAAGAAGAAAUCAGUGGUCUAAAAGAAGACAAGAAACAAAGUGCUGGAUGCUGCUUUCAAGCCCGAAGUUCACUGAUAGAGAACAUGCAGCGGAUGUUGGUGAGUGAAGAUGUCCUUCCUGAGCAGCAGGAGUGGAAUCAGAGUGUGGACCAAAAGGACUCGGGGCCUCCAAACAUUAAAGAGGAGCAGGUGAAACUGGGGAGUGAAGAUGAAGAAAAACCGCAGUCAUCACAGCUUCAUCAAAGACUAAGAAGAGGAGACACAGACACAGAAGAGGAGCUUCUUACCAGCAACUCAACUCAUCACACAACACUGAAAAUAGAAGCUAAUGGAGGAUCAGAACCAGCCAGCAACUCAGACAUGCAGCAGUUGUUACUGAUUAAAGAAGGAAUUAUUUCUGAACACCACAUGGUGAGUCUGAAUCUUGACCAGAAGGACAUCAAAGAGGAACAAGAGCAACUCUGGAUCAGUCAGCAGGGACCACAGCUUCACCAGCUCGAGGAGGCUGAUACCAUGUUCUGUUUCACUGCUGUCACUGUGAAGAGUGAAAAUGAUGAUGAAACACCACCAUCUUUACAGGUUCAUCGAAGCCAAAGUGAUGAGAGCACAGAAAUUGAGCCUGCAGCCAGCAGCUCAACUGUACACAGAACACUGACAACAGAAGCUGAUGGAGACAGCUGCGAAGGACCACAACCAACUACUAACUCAGACCUAUGUAGUCAUUUACAACCAUAUAGCAAGGUAGGGGUUCAGACAGUUCUGAAAUGAGAUGAUGACAGUCAUGACUGGAAAACGACCAGAGGGCUCUAGUUCAGGUGUUAACUGUCAGAAAAAAGGAAUGUCUCUGUUAGUUGUGCAGCUUCAACACAGCUAAAAACCAGCUUAACUGCUUUUCAGUGGUGAAACCGUUUGUGUUCACAUGAACAAUUCAGGAGCAACACAAAAGGCCAGCAAAGGAGAAACUAUUAGUUGCCCCAUUCAGGGUAAAAAAUGGAGACAAAAGAGCACUCUGAACAGACAAAUGAGAAUUCAUAUUGAGAGGAAAAACGAUUUGUGUGUCCAGAGUGUGGGAAAAGAUUGAACACAAGGGCCACUCUGAGUGUACACAGUAGAAUUCACAGGGGAGGGAAACCAUUUAGUUUGCCCUGAGGGUGGUAAAAGAUUUGAAUGCCAGUACCCCUUUGAAUAUACACAUGAGCAUUCAUACUGGACAGAAAUCAGUUUGCCUUGUUCUAAGUGUGGUGAAAAAUUUAGUCAAAGGGCCAUUUGAAUGUACACAUGAGAAUUCAUCACAGGAGAGAAACCAUUUGUCUGUUCUGAGUGUGGUGGAAAUUUAGACACAUAUGGGCAUUUUGAAGGGACACAUGGAGAUUCAUACAGGAGAGAAACCAUUUGUCUGUACUGAGUGUGGUAAAGGAUUUAGGACACAAAUGCGUUCUGAAUAUACACAUGAGAAUUCAUACAGGAGAGAAACCAUAUUGUCUGCACUGAGUGUGGUGAAAAAUUUAGCCACAAGUGGCUAUUUGACCAUGCACAUGAUAACUCAUACAGGACAGAAACCAUUUGUCUGUCCUGAAUGUGAUCAAAGAUUUUAGACACAAGGGUAGGUUUGAACAGACACAUUAGAAUUCAUACAGGUCAGAAACCAUUGUCUGUUCGCAUUGUGGAAAAAGAUUUAGACACAAGGGCAAGUCUGAACAGACACAUUAGAAUUCAUACAGGACAGAAACCAUUUGUCUGUUCUGAUUGUGGGAAAAGAUUUUCGUCAAAAGAGUGACCUGAAUAUUCACAUGGGAAUUCAUACAGGACUGAAACCAUUUCGCUGUUCUGUGUGCGGUAAAGGAUUUGGGCCAAA